GAUUCCCAACACACCCAAGAAGUCGAGUUCCUCUUCGGAGUCACCGCCACAAGAUCUUCAUCCGUUGUUAUCCGUAAGGUUUUGGAGAGUUUGCGCCAUGUUCAGCCGCAACUUGAAGAACGUGCUGGUGGUGUCGCUGGGCUUCCUGUCGCUCUUCACGGCGUACGGCGGACUGCAAAGCCUGCAGAGCAGCCUGAAUGCGGAGGAGGGCAUGGGUGUGGCGUCUCUGAGCGUCAUCUACGCCUCCAUCAUCCUCUCAUCCAUGUUCCUGCCCCCCCUCAUGAUCAAGAACUUGGGCUGCAAGUGGACCAUCGUGGCCGGCAUGGCCUGCUACGUCUCUUACUCCUUCGGCAACCUCUACCCGGGAUGGUAUACGCUGAUCCCCACCUCAGUGAUCCUGGGUUUGGGGGGCUCCCCUCUGUGGUCGGCCAAGUGCACGUACCUCACCAUCUCCGGCAACGCGCAGGCGGCCAAGGAGGGCAAGAAGGGUCCGGACGUCAUCAACCAGUACUUCGGCCUCUUCUUCUUCAUCUUCCAGUCGUCUGCCGUGUGGGGGAACCUCAUGUCCUCGCUCAUCUUCGGACAGGACACCAACAUGAUUGACGUGACGGACGAGCAGCUCCAGUUUUGCGGGGCCGCCGACUGCGGUCUGAACGUCACGUCCAACAGCACCGCCGGCAGGCCGGCGCAGAAACUGGUGUGGACCCUGGUCGGAUGCUACAUCGGCGUGGGUGUGCUGGCCAUGCUGAUCGUGGCCGUGUUUCUGGACAACAUCGACGCGGAGCGGACCGUCCGUUUCCGUGACAACCGUGAGCCCUUCCGCCACACCUUGCUGGCCACCUUCCGCCUGCUGAAGGACUGGAGGCUGCUCACCCUCAUCCCGCUCACCAUGUACAGCGGCUUUGAGCAGAGCUUCCUGUCUGGGGAGUACACCAAAAACUACGUGACGUGCGCCCUGGGUAUUCACUACGUUGGCUUCGUGAUGAUGUGUUUCGGGGCGUCCAAUUCGCUUUGCUCCUUCCUCUUCGGACGACUCGCUCGCUACACCGGCAGGGCGGCACUCUUCUUCCUAGCGGCAGUGGCUAACUUGUCAUGCAUUAUCGCGCUGUUGUACUGGAGGCCUCACCCUCACGAGUUGGGCGUCUUCUUUGUGUUUCCCGCCUUGUGGGGAAUGGCCGACGCCAUCUGGCAGACGCAGACCAACGCUCUGUACGGCAUCCUGUUCCCCAACGAGAAGGAAGCGGCCUUCGCCAACUACCGCAUGUGGGAGUCGUUGGGUUUCGUGAUUGCCUUCGCGUACAGCACCUUCCUGUGUCUGGAGUACAAACUUUACAUCCUGCUGGCUGCGCUGCUGCUGACUGCCGUCACCUACCCGGUGGUCGAGUACCACGAGUACAAGAAUCCCACGAUAGCCAAGGACGACGGACACUACAAGGAAGCCGUCGCCGUGGACGACAGCAACGUUUACUGCCAGACCAAACUCUAAACAAACAACAACAACGACGACGACGUGAAUGUAGGCUACUACCAUAAUCAUCUCACAACGCUCGCUGAUGUCCAGAAGAGAAGGGCCGAGCUCACAUGGACCAAGAUGGCAAGACAACUAAUGCUGGCUAAAAAAGUCAACAUUUGUCACAAAAGAGGGGGGGGGGGGGGGGUUUCUCUCCAAAAAUCACAAUUGUAUUCUCCUAACUUAUGUUCAAGAUCAACUCCAGUUAUAUUACAAAAAUAUUAUUUCAUUGGAAUAUUAAGGCAAUAAAGUCAUAAUAUUACAAUCAUUUAUUUUAAAAAAAUUUUGUAAAAUAUUCUUGGGAUUAUUAUUAUUUUUUAUUUAUUUAACCAAAAAAAAACACUUCUUGUGAUACUCCAACGUUAUGUUACUUUUGUAAAAAUCAUUUAGAAUUGCCACACUGUGACUGAAAAGAAAAAUCGAGUCAUUGUCAUAUUGAACUAAUAGAAAAAACUUGAUUUUAUAUAUUUUGUACGUUCUAAACAUAGUUGAAAUUAUCGUAUUAAAUGAUUGAAUAUG